ACGAGUUAUUGCGCCGUGCAGCAUAACAUACACUAGUUAUUGAAUUUAGUUAGUCACACUCCGAACUUAAACGCAAGGAUCAUGUACAACCCGGGCUAUCAAGUGGAUGUCAUCGAUCCGUACUAUCCACCCCCGGUGGAGGUUAUUGAAGUAGUACGUCAACCGGCCUAUCCACAGCCCGCCGUCGUCGUCACCCAGCCUCAAACGAUCUAUGUGGAGGAUAAUAAUGGUCCUACGAGAGAUCAAAUGGAUUGCUGCCUCAUGCUGGGCGCCUGCUGUGUCAUGGAAGAGUGCGGCCUGUGCGUUAUAUCAUAAUGAACAGUUUUUGUUAUUUAGAAAACAUGUGCAGCAAUUAAGUGUGUUUAAGAAGUUCUUAUUUAAAUAAAUAUAAUUGAAAAGUUAAGUGCUGGAUUAUGCCAAUAAUAAACCCAAGUUCAAAGUGAACGCGACAAGAGGAUUACUCAAUAUAUUAUUUCUCAAGUGCAAUUCUUGGAUAAAAUUUUUAUGAAUUGCUUUAAAUCUUUAACAAAUAAUAUAAAGAA